GUAUUUAGUCUUUCAUAAAUGUCAAAGUUGAUCAAGGAAUAGAUCAGCGUAAUCAUCUAGACGUCUGCUGCUUUAUUCUUGUCAACAUAUACAAAAGCCCCAUAUAAAAUCAUCUACCUUCAUCACACAACUCACACGCUCUCUCCCCCUCUCACUCACAGUCUCACACAAGUGAGCCAAGGGGUUCAGAGUAAGGGUAGACCAGGCGAGCAACCAGCUUUAUGUGGUCUGCUAUCAGAUAGCUCAAACCUUUCUUAAGGUCGUCGUUAUCGAAUUGUUGUUGACUUUCAUCGUUCAUUGUUCUACGUUUUGGUGUCCUAGGACCUCUCUCACAUAUAAACAGAUAAUCAUGGGAUUAGAGUGUGAAUCAGAGAGAAGUUUCAGGUCAUAUAAGUUUCGACUUCCGAAGUUGUCUGCACGAGUCAUGCAGUCACCGGAGCAUCCUGGGGCAGAGACACCACCACUGCAGACUUUAGCAUCGGUGCCAUUCAAAUGGGAGGAGGAGCCCGGAAAACCUCGGCCCUGCUCGAUUCUCUUCUCCCCGUCCAGCCCCAUUGACACUAUAGAACCCAAGUUCUUAGAGCUCCCUCCUAGGCUAUACAUGGAAUCCACCCCCAAAAUUACCAAAACACCCUCUCCCAUCACAGUCUUGGAUGGACCCUAUGUGGCCAGUAGACCGAAGUUUUCUUCUCUUAGAUUCUUUAGGGAGCGCCAAGAUUCCUUUGACAGUACCAGUAGCACAAGUCCUGAGAGAGACGAACUUGAUACCAUGGUUCUUGGCAAGAAAGAGCACAAAGGAAGAGGCUUUUUUGGUACUUGGGGUCAAAGGAAGGGUGGAAAAAGAGAAGUUGAUGAGAGUGCAAGGGUGCAAAAGGGAAAUAUGAGAAGAAAUGGAAGUUUUUCCAGUGUCCAUCAAGCAAAAUCUCACCUCUGGGCUGCUAUAUAUGAAGGUUUCAAGCAAGUUAUACCAUGGAAGAGCAGAAAACCAAAGAAAGAAGGGCUCAACGUUUGAGUCUUAUGAAUUUGGAGUGAUAUGGAGUUCCUAUUUCGUGAGGUGUGCUAUGAUUGAUAGUCUCACUUGUUACAAUAAGAAAUCUUCAGGCAUUUUGAUUUUUUUUGUAUAGUUAGAAAGAUACGAAAAAUACAUACUAAUAGUAAGACUAAUAAUUACAAUAUGCUGAAUAUGAAAAUUGAAGUCUUGAAUAUGUUUUCAGAGUGGUAAUGGACUUCUUGGAUUGAAACGUCAGGGAGUUCAAGUGCUACAAAAAUGAAAGGUUCGAAGUGAUGAGGUCAUCACCCUGUUCGGCCAUAUUAUUUUGCUUUGGACUAUUUUACUUGUGCUUUCUAUUGGGUUUAUAUUAUGGGUCGGCCCAAGACCUUUUUUUUUGGUUUACUUUAGGUUUGUUUAUUUGGCUGUUUAUAUGUUGUAAUUGAACGAGCAAGACUUGGGACUAUUUUUCUUGUGCUUUCUAUUGGGAUUGUAUUAUGGGUUGGCCCAAGCCCUUUUUUGUUUACUUUAAGUUUGUUUAUUUGGCUAUUUAUAUGUUGUUAUUGAACGAGCAAGACUU